AUGUCAUCGAGCAGCACUAUUGGAUUUAUUUUGUCUGACAUCGUCGCGAUCUUUGGUCUUACUCUGACACUUCCAGGACCUUUCACGCGGCCGCAUCCGUUGGUUUGGAGAGUUAUCUUCGGUGCCAGUCUGCUAUACUUUCUCUCUCUUGUGUUCGCCAUAUUUCUGGGUCUCGAGGAUACUAGGCGUCUACUUGUCUGGAUGUAUCCCAACCUUCUUUCGCCGGACGAUCCAUUCAUCAAGGCCGAAUAUGGCGUCAACUGUAGCCAAGUAAGCCCAUUUCUGGAUGUAUGCCUCUUUUCUGCAUCUUGCAGGUAA